AGACCUACGGAAGCCCGCGAGGUCAUCGACCUGCUGCGCGUGAGAGAAUAACAACAGUUUAAAACUCUCGGAGUGUCUCGCGCACUAGCUGUGUUGUCGCUAGCUCUCUCUCUCUCUCUCUGUGUGUGUGAGUGAGUGCGUGUUUUUCUCCGCCAUUAUGAAUGUGGACAAAGCCGAGCUGUGUGACUCUUUACUCAGCUGGCUGCAGACGUUUCAGGUGCCGUCGUGUACGAGCAAACAAGACCUGACCGACGGGGUGGCUGUCGCCCACGUGCUGCACAAAAUAGACGCGUCCUGGUUUAAUGAGACAUGGCUGGGGAGGAUAAAGGAGGAGACCGGAGACAACUGGAGGAUCAAGGUCAGCAACCUAAAGAAGAUCCUACAGAGCAUGCUGGAAUAUUACCAUGAUGUGCUUGGGCAGCAGGUAGGAGACGAGCACAUCCCGGACGUUUCUCUCAUCGGGGAGAUGGAGGACGUGACGGAGCUGGGUCGGCUGGUGCAGUUGGUGCUCGGCUGCGCAGUCAGCUGCGAGAAGAAGCAAGAACACAUUCAGCAGAUCAUGACCCUAGAGGAGUCGGUCCAGCACGUCGUCAUGACAGCCAUACAGGAGUUGCUUACCAAAGAGCCCGUGGAGUCCGGAGGCACAGACGCAUACGGAGACUUUGAUUAUCAGUCGAGGAAGUAUUAUUUCCUGAGCGAGGAGCUGGAUGAGAAGGACGAUGCGUCUCAGCGCAGCAGAGAGCUCGAGCAGCAGCUGUCUGUACUGAUGGAGGAGAAGUCCUCACUGCAGACUGAGGUCCAGAUGUUAAAGGAGAAACUACGUCACUGUGAACCUCAGGAUGCCUCGACCACCAUCACAGGAAAGAAGCUGCUAUUGCUUCAGAGCCAGAUCGAGCAACUGCAGGAUGAAAACUAUAGACUGGAGAACAGCCGUGAUGACCUGCGUGUGCGAGGUGACGUCCUGGAGAGAGAAUUAGCCAACGUGCAGCAUCGCAACGAGGAGUUAACGAGACUUGCCCAGGAGGCUCAGGGUCUCAAAGAUGAGAUGGACAUCCUUAGGCACUCGUCAGACCGCGUGAGCCGCCUGGAGGCACUGGUCGAGACGUACAAGCGUAAGCUGGAGGAUUUGGGAGACCUGCGCAGACAGGUGCGUCUGCUGGAAGAAAAGAACACUGUGUACAUGCAGCGUACCUGCGAACUGGAGGAGGAACUGCGUCGGGCCAACGCAGGACGCACACAACUGGACUCCUACAAGAGACAGGUGCACGAGCUUCACACCAAACACUCAUCUGAGGCUGUGAAGGCAGAAAGAUGGCAGUUUGAGUACAAAAACCUUCAUGACAAAUAUGAGGCUCUGCUGAAAGAGAAAGAGAGGUUGAUAUCGGAGCGGGACACACUGAGAGAGACGAACGAGGAGCUUCGAUGUGUUCAGGUCCAGCAAAAGUGCCUCAGUCAGGCAGGUUCUCUGGAUUCUGACAGCAGCACAGCGGGCAACUUGGCAUCCGAGAUCAUGCCCACAGAGUUCAGGGAGACGGUGUUACGGCUUCAGGACGAGAAUAAGAUGCUGUGUGUCCAGGAGGAGACGUACAGACAGAGGCUGGGCAAGGUGCAGGUCCAGCUUGAGGAGGCACAGCGCAGCAGGAACACACUCCAGACCCAGAACAGGUUGAGUCAACAGCAGAUAGCUGAGCUGCUUACUCAGGUGGAGGACCUACAGAAAGCUCUACAGGAGCAGGACAGCAAAUCUGAGGAUGCCAUCUCGUCUCUGCUGAAGAAGAAACUGGAAGAGCAUCUAGAAAAGCUGCAUGAAGCUCAUUCUGACCUGCAGAAGAAACGUGAGGUGAUUGAUGACCUGGAGCCUGGUGAAGACAGCAACAUGGCGAAGAAGAUCGAUGAACUCCAGACGAUUCUGAGAAAGAAGGAUGAGGACAUGAGACGGAUGGAGGAGAGAUACAAGCGCUACAUGGAGAAAGCACGGACCGUGAUAAAGACUAUGGACCCGCAGCAGCAGCCCGUGUCUGUGGCUCCUGAGGUUCAGGCUCUGAGAAACCAGCUGUCUGAGAGAGACAGGAGAAUCCAGCAUCUGGAGCAUGACUUUGAGAAGAGCCGGUCCAGACAUGAUCAGGAGGAGAAGCUGAUCAUCAGCGCCUGGUACAACAUGGGAAUGGCUCUCCAUCAGAAGGUGGCGAAUGAGCGCACUCGUGUUCCUGGUCAGGCUCAGUCCUUCCUCGCCCAGCAGAGGCAGUUCACACAGGCACGGAGAGCCCUGAGCGCUCGCCUGCAGCCCAGAUAACACACACACACACACACACACACACACACACACUGUGAGAGAGUUUAUAAUAAGACACACAGUGUGCCUCUUGUCUUAAACACUCCUCUCACUGCUCUGCUGCGAGACACUUCCCAUUUCCCCCGGAGGACGCGACCCCACACACUGCCGACAAGCGGGAACCUCGUCGUCCGUCCUCUUCCUCUCCUCUUCGUCUCCUCUCCCCAAGGAAAGCUCUAUCAGUCGUCGCCGUCGUUAAUUUCCGAGACGUUUUCAAAUCGCUUGGUUGUUUUAAUUAAGUAGUUUUUUGUGGUUGCUCUUUACUUCCUUUUCACUUUGUUUUAAGCCAAUCAGUGUUAGAGCUCAUCAUAGAGACGUGUGAUCUGUCUUUCACCUGAGACUGACCCGAUCUGAACAUCGUUAGUUCUCGUUAUUUUAUCCCUUUUAACUGUUUGUGUUUCUAGAUUUACUUUUAGACUUUUAGGCUUUUUUUUCUUCUCCUCCUUAAUAUUAUUAUUAUCAUUAUUAUUAUUAUUAUUAUUGUUGUUGUUCUAAUUUUUAUUACUGACAACACUUUUGUUUUUCUUUUUGUUUUUCUUAAUCUAUCGGUAUUUUAGCACCUUAGCUAACAGAGUAAACUGUGGAAGUAGCUUUACCUUAGUACUGUAGAUGAUGACGCUGUGUUUGUGGUGACACUGUGAAGGUGAACGCAGCUCGUGCCUUUGUCUCGGCUUCCUGAAGAUCUCGCCGGUCCGCGGACGGACCGUCUAUAGCCUAGAAACAGAACACCAGCCUGACGACAUUUUGCUGCUCCGAACUUCAAUCGUCAAACUAAAACUCAGCCUGCGUUAAUGUAACCAGCAUCUGAACACCACCGUGUGUCUCCAGCUCCAGCAUCUGGGCAUCUGAACACCGCCGUGUGUCUCCAGCUCCAACGUCUGGGCAUCUGAACACCGCCGUGUGUCUCCAGCUCCAACGUCUGGGCAUCUGAACACCGCCGUGUGUCUCCAGCUCCAACGUCUGGGCAUCUGAACACCGCCGUGUGUCUCCAGCUCCAGCGUCUGGGCAUCUGAACACCGCCGUGUGUCUCCAGCUCCAGCGUCUGGGCAUCUGAACACCGCCGUGUGUCUCCAGCUCCAGCGUCUGGGCAUCUGAACACCGCCGUGUGUCUCCAGCUCCAGCGUCUGGGCAUCUGAACACCGCCGGGUGUCUCCAGCUCCAGCGUCUGGUUUCUCCUGAUAUAAAAAUCUACGCUUUUGACUCCACGCGGUAGUGCGGAUGUGGGCGACGUGACGUUAUUAACAUCAGGACAAACAGCUGGAGUGUUUCAGAAAGGAACUGCGGACCCUGACGCUCUGGUCGAGUAAAGCUGCCGUGAUCAGAGCGUCACUGACGACAUGAAGCAACACUAAACACCCAAAGAAGCACUAACAGGACUACUGAAGGUGUACAGACAUGUAACUAAUAUUAUGAAGGGGGGGGGGGGGGUCUUUAGUUUAAAGGGUUUUUCCUUUUGACACACGAGAUACCAAAGUGAAAUGUUUGGGGGGUUUUUUUUCACCUUUUUUUCUUUUUUUUUCUGUAUAAGCUGUGAAUUGAAGGCACCUUCGUGCUGUUUAGAUUUAACACUAAACUGUUUUCUGGCUCCAAAGCGCUCGAGCAAGACAAUCUGAUGUGUCUCGUGCUGUACGAGGGUCUGAGUGACGUGUGUGUGUGUGUGGUGUGUGUCAGUGUGUGCGCCUGUGUGUCUGUGUGCUUGUGUGUGUGUGUGUGUGUGUGUGUAUUUUGGAGCUUUAACGUCUCUAAGUGAAACACUACAAUAUGAAUGUGGGGUGUGUGUGUGUGUGUGUGUGUUUACACCGGACACUUGUUUCAUACUGAGGUGUGUUGAUUAUAUGUGUGGUUAUUAGUUUUGGUGUGUGUUAUGACUACAGCGGGGGAGGGGAUGACGACUCCACACUCAGUUUGUACACCACAUUAACGUAUGACGUUUUUGCCCUGAAAUAAAGACCUGAUGAACAGAUGGUUCCAGAAAGCAGAA